GUCAUUUUCUAAGAAGUCAAAUAUAUGGCCGCGGAUUCACAACUCUUCACACCGUUGCCGCCUUAACGUUCUCAUGAUCUUCCCCUGAAGAUACGUGCUGGGUCGACGCAAAAUGUCAUUUCAUACAAACAUCACUAGAAAUAUGGCGUGUAAUGGAUAUUACCCAAACAUCAGAAAGGUCAUCAAUCCCACCGAUAUAUCCUCAGAUGAACUGAAAACGUUACUUCAUUACGCCUUGCAUCUAAAAAAACAUAUCCAAUUAUCAAAACAGUCCCAAGAUUUGAAAGGAAAGACCCUAACUCUUCUCUUGCACAAGCCUUGUUUCCGUUUGCAAACAUGUUUCAAGGCGACAGCGCACGUUCUGCGUAUGAAUCUGAACAGCUUGAUGAAUGGGGAUUGGGAAGAAGCUGAUUAUCCUGAGGACAUGGCCAAGAUGCUGUCCACGUCUUCAGAUAUAAUGUUUUGUCAGUUUCAGAGGCACUCGAGGGCAGGCAGAUUUGCUUCCGGAGCUACAGUGCCUGUUGUCGCUACCAGCUCAUGUCGGUCUAUUUUGCUGCACAUCCUCUCCGACUUAAUGACACUACGAGAGCAUUUCGGGUACCUGAACGGCCUUAAGUACGCAUGGAUAGGCUCAGCUUGCCCUGCAUUGAACACUUGCUUGGCAGUGGCCCCUCUUCUAGGAAUUGAUGUUAACUACCUCUGUCGAUGCGGUGGCGAACCACUUACUCCCUCAAACCUCAAGGAGCUUCAGGAUACUGACAUUCCUCAGUAUACGGCCAAAAUACAUGAAGCUGCUAGUUUGGAACAAGCACUUUCAGACGCCAACGUAGUUUCGAUAAAUAAUCCAGUGAAGGUCGAUAUUCCUAUGAUAAUGAAAACUCAAAUUGACAAGCUGGCUCACGAAAACUGGGUGUUUUUUCAUCUUUUUCCGAGAAAACCUGAUGAAGUAGACGAAGAAAUAUUUAUCAAUGACAAAAAUUUGGUAUGGAAAUCUUUUGCCAAUUCAAAAUGGAUAUGUGCGGCAAUUGUGCACUAUUUGUUGAACAGCGCUGUAACAUAUAAUGUAAAUAAUGUUUAAGGAAAGUGAAGAUAUAAACUUAAAAU